AUGGCGGCUACCUGUGUUGCUGGAUCCAAGUACAAGAGGCGUCCUCCUUGCUACUUUAAAACUGGCAAGUUGGAGUGGGGCUACCAUGUGAUGAUUCACUUGCAAUGUCGCGAUGCCUACCAAAUGAUUUCCUUAUCUCCCACCUUGACUCCCAUCUUUGACAUUCAUUGGCCGUGGGGAGGUCCUCCCACCAAAAUUGCUGCCGAUCAUCAGCCUGCCUUCAAAUUGACCAUUGAUAUACUGCACUAUGUCACGGCACGAGUGGUGGCACUGUGUCUAUAUCCCUGGGCGGCCAAUUCCAUUGCCUUUUGGAGUUUGUGUGCCAUUCAACUGUGGCGUUGCUGGAGAUUGAAUCCCUUGCACGUAUACCCGGCCAAAAAGUUCAUUACGCACUUGCAACCAUGGUUGCUACUGGUACCCGUGGGGAUGGGAGUCUUUUUGGACACCAUGCAAGUUGUGAUUGGAAGAAUUAGUGAAAGACAACAAGAUCUAAUGGGCUUGACUACCCUGCUGCAGGUUCAAGGACUGUGUCUGGGAAUUGCCUUUCUCUUUACCAUGGCCUUUCGCAAAUACAUCAGUAUGGUCUUUCUGUUUUGUGCCUCUGUGGCCAUUAUUUGGGGGAUCAAUGUUUACGUAUGGAGGAUGCUCUCCGAUACCGCUUCCGAUGUGCUCCACAUUUACCAACAGUACAACAACCAAAAUGAUAACACCAUUGAUAACAGCGAGGAUACGGAUGCCUACCAAACCAUCCAAGAUGUCAUUCACGACAACAUUUCCAAAGUGGUCGAGGUUAUCACUGGUGUUACUUCGAAUAGUGGAUUGGAAGAACAACAUAUGCAACCAGUUGCUUCGCAGCCUUCAGACUUGUAUGAUCAAUCAGAACUCUAA